AUGCGUUUCUCAGCAUCUGUCAUCCUUGCCACCGCUGUCGCCAGCACGACCUCUGCUCAGAAAGUUGUCGGCGCGGCUUACGGCUUUGCCACUGGCGUCACUGGAGGUGGUAGCGCCUCCGCUGCUACCCCAUCCUCUGCUGAAGAGUUGGCUGAAUGGCUUUCCGACAAUACCGCCCGCACCAUCGUCAUCGACAAAGAGUACGACUUUACCGGUAAGUCGGCUUCAGGAGCUGGGUGCGACCGUAAGAGCUGCAGCUCCGCGAAAGGUGGACAAUUGUUUCUUGGAGACCUGUCUUGCGGAACUAGCGACAACGUCGUCGCUACUGUCACCUACGACGUUGCUGGUACCGAGCCUCUGGUUGUCGGAAGUAACAAGAGCAUCAUCGGCUCCAACGGCAAGGGAGUUCUCAUUGGUAAGGGACUCCGCAUUCAGAAGAACGCCAAGAACGUCAUCAUCCAGGGUAUCACUAUCACCAACCUUAAUCCUGGUGUUGUUUGGGGAGGUGAUGCCAUCGAUCUUCAGGGAGGCAAUGAUGGUGUCUGGAUCGAUCACAACAAGAUCUCUCUCAUCGGCCGCCAGUUCAUCGUCAGCCACUACGACGGCUCCCGCGCUACUAUCUCCAAUAAUGAGUUCGACGGUAUCACCACUACCUCUGCCUCCUGCAACGGCAACCACUACUGGACCAUGAUGCUCAAUGGUAACGGCGACCAAAUGACCCUCGAUCGCAACUACUUCCACGACGUGUCCGGCCGGUCUCCUAAGCUCGGCGAGAAGGGAACUUUCCAAGCGACCAAUAAUCUGUUUUCUGACAUGAAGGGCCACGCUUUUGAACUCUACUCUGGCACCGUUUCCCUUAUCGAGGGUAAUGCUUUUGAGUCUGUCGAUACUCCCUACGACGGCGAGUUAUACUCUAACAGCUUUAACGUCCCUGACGCCUCUUCCGCCAGCUCUUGUGUCUCCUCUAUCGGCCGUGCGUGCCAGGUCAACAGCCUUGAUUCCUCCUGCGGUACAUGGAAGUCUCUCAAGGAGACCACUGCUCUGUCUACCUUCUCUAAGCUCAAGGAUUAUCUCGUCAAACCAGUUGCUGCCACCGGCGUCUCCACGCUGGUCAAGGGCAGUGCUGGACCUGCCAACGUCGGCUCCUCCACAGCUGUCGCUGAAAAAGCCUCCACUGAGACUGAGACUGCGACCAAGAGCAACGCUGCUGCGGCUACCCUUGCUGCCUCCGAGACUAUUACCAAAGAGACCGCCACUGAGGAGCCCGCCGCCGCGGAGUCCAGUUUGUCGACUGUUACUGCUCAGGCUUGGAGCCAGUGCGGCGGCAGCGGCUGGCGUGGUGCCACCACUUGCGCCGCCGGAACUUCCUGCGUCAUCCAGAAUGAGUGGUACUCUCAAUGUGUCAGCUCCGCCGCCAGACGUAGCAUGAAGUCUCUCCGUCGUAUUUAA